CCAGGCGACAUGCUCUUUAUCACCUGGUGUCUGCUCCCAAACAGCUGGCAGCCAUCACGUCGACGCCUGACAUGCACGCAGCGACAUCCCUGCUGCCGCUAGACGAAUAUCCUUUAGCGAAACCCUUAGGAGCGGGCGGCUGGGAAGGCACCGGCGGGCACACUGAUCAAUAGAGAGACCGUUCACGCCGCUCCUCUUCGCGCUUCACCGCCCAACGCGGCGGUCGCUGGUUGGAGUGUGCGGUUCGUCUGAUGCACGCUUGGGCACGCUCAACCUGCCUGCAGGUGGCUGUUCGUCAAUCACGCCUGCAGAGACUCCCACCCAACCCCUCUCCUGUACGUCCGCCUGCACGCCUGCCUGCGGUCUGUCGGAACCUGUGACUUCGUAGGCUGGCGCUGUCCGGGCCCCCAAUAUAACCCUGCACGCUGGUGGUGAUGGCCGGGCAUCGCGAUGCGGCAGGCACACGAUACCAAUACGCCGACGAAUAUUCGCGCGACGACCGAGAAAGUAGACAUCAUCGCCGACACCGAAGUCGCGAUCACGACGACGACGAAUACGCAGCCAAGCGGGAGCGCAGGGAACGUCGUCGAGCAGAGGAGGCGCGGCAAGAGGCAGCAGUUGAUAUAGAUGACAUCAGAGCGCGGCGGGUCAGUCAUUACUCCAGGCCUGAAAGCGAUCGACAUCGCGAUCAAGAUCGUAUGGCGCAUGAUGUGCGCGUUGAGAGCGUGAAGACCCCCCGCAGUAGCCAUCGAGAAUUGAGGCGAGAUGGCACGCGGAAGGCGAAGAAGAGGGAGGUAGUGGAAGUUGACAGGGAAGAGGACUAUGUGUACGGCCGCCCAAAGUCGAGCGAAGUAAGGAGGCCCUCAGGGCGGAAGAGGAGCGACGAAGGCGGGUCUUCAAGUCGAACGGCAUAUACACCCCGGUCAGGCUCCGGAUCUUCGCGUCGGGUUGAGGAUCCGAAAUUGAGCAGAAGCACAUCUACCCGAGAGCAUGGCAGUAAAUACUUGCCGACAAGGUCUAGCCGACACCCAAGCGCCGUCAAGUUGUCGGCCACUCCUGCCGCCGCUCCCAUCAUAAGGUCGUUCUCAACCCGAGAACAGCCAACGCGAAGAAACUCUGGAGGCAUUUUUGCGACAUUAUUUAGGGCGGGACCGCGUUCACCAUCGAUCAAAGAAGUUCAACGCGUUGACUGCGUCAUCUGUAUGAAUGACGACCUUCCUGCCAACAAGACGGCAAAACUAGCCUGCGGCCAUCGCAUGUGUCACUCGUGCUUGAAACGGCAAUUCAGUCUGUCCGUCAACGACCCUCAGCAUAUGCCUCCACGCUGUUGCACCAAAGAGAAUAUCCCAUUGAAGCAUGUCGACCGUCUGUUUGAUGAUAAGUUCAAGAGGCUUUGGAAUCAGAAGUUCGAAGAGUACACGGCCAGCAAGAAUCUCUACUGCCCGGCCAAAGGCUGUGGUGAAUGGAUCAAAUCGAACAAGGUCCGUGUUGACUUGACCACGGGAAGGAAGUAUGCUCGCUGCGGUCGAUGUAGCACCAAAGUAUGUGUGUUGUGCAACAGCAAAUACCAUACAAGAAGAGAAUGUCCGAAGGACGAGGACACGAAGCGCAUGGUGGAAAUGGCAAAAGAGAAAGGCUGGCAGAGGUGCUACAAGUGCAAGGCUGUGGUUGAGCUCAAGGAAGGCUGUAACCAUAUGACCUGCCGUUGCAACGCACAGUUCUGCAUGAUGUGCGCGCUGCCCUGGAAGACAUGCAAUUGUCCCUGGUUUGACUACUCUCACAUACCAGACGGAGACCGGCCCGAUGAAGUGCGUGCACCCUAUAGCAGGCUUGAGAAUGGUGUGGAGGUCAUUGAGAUCACCGAAGAGCCUUCACCUCCUCUGGCCCGCCGGUCAAGCACACGAACCAGUCGCACUCGGCAUCGCAGCGAACGUGAACGUCCUCGAGACCAAGCAGAGGGAGCUUUAGCCGCUCACUUACAGUCUCAACGCCACCUAUACCCCCCAAACAUCGCAGCAUCGAGUCUCAACCGUGGCGAUGUCGCAAACGUACAAGUGUACGGCCUCGGCAAUACUGGUGGACAUCACAUGAACGACUCCUAUCAGGUCCGCCCUGUCGUUGCCUCCGCUGCUCACAGACCUCUGCAAGUGCCUGCGCCUCGCCCAUCUUAUUCCAAUAGUCGUCGCGUUGUGCGCGAGGCUGCCGCUCCGGUUCCGGUGGCUCGAUACGUACCCGCGGAAGCACCUUCGUCUGCUAUGGCAGGCUUGUCUCUUGACGGAUCGAAGCGUGGCGCCAACAGAGUGGGAACAUGGCUCAGCCACAUCAAGGUCGAUCCAGAGGCGACCAACACGCAAGCUGCAGGUGUCGAGGUUGAUGAUUGGAGGUGCGAUGGGACUAUGAUUGGCAUUGAUUGAGCGCAUGCAUUCUAACACUUCUGUCUUGUACACUCUGGUUGCUUUGCAUUUCAGCGAAGGUGCAUAUGGAGCAUGUUUGACAUUGUCGGGUUGCUUUGACCUGAUUUGAUCUGGAGGGAGUCUGACAUGAAUUUUCUUUUGAGCAUGCGCAUAGGAUACCCUUUGUUCAUUCGUUUCUCAUUUUACACGAUUCAUACGAAGCUUUAAAGAUUACAAUCACUUGUGAUCAACAAGCGCUUGCUCCCUUUGUGGA